AUGGAUGAAUAUAAAUGUAUUAGCUGUUUUGAGGAUAUAUAUGUAAAUAAUGAAAAGAAAUUAUAUUUUUUUGAUAUAUGUAAACAUAAGAUUUGUGGAGAAUGUUUAGAAAACCAUUUAAAUAAAUUGAAUAAACAAUAUUGUCCUCUUUGUAAAGUAUCUGUAACAAAAAAAAAUGUAUCUUUGUUUGAUAUUGAAGAGCGUAUAUAUGCUAAUCAAAAAAAUGUAAGAUCUAAAUUAACAGAAAUAUUUAAUAAAAGAAGACAUAAUUUUGAAAAUACUCCUUUAUAUAAUAAUUAUUUAGAAAAGGUUGAAGACAUGAUAUAUGUGCUAACUAAUGAAUGUGAUGAAAAGAAAAGAAAAAUAAUUGAAGCGUAUAUAAAAAAGUAUGAAAAAGAUAAUUAUAAGUUAAUAGAAGAAAAUAACGCACUUAUUUAUCAAAAUGAAAGAAAAAAAAUACAUGAAAUAGUAAAAGAAGAAGGAAACUUAUAUGAAAUUAUUAAACAUAGACCUAUAAUAAAUAAAGUACAUAAUGAAACAUAUGUACAUUCCUUAAUUAAAGAAAAUCCUAAAUUUUUUGAUGAAGUCAAAGUAGCUAAUAUUGUGGAAGUUCAACCACAGCCAUUAAAUCCAGCUUAUAAAAAUGACACAGAUAUACCUUUACGUAAAUAUUUUUCACAAGACGAAUUAUAUCAAGCAGAUUAUGCGGGAGGAUAUGAUACAAAUGUAGUAUUAAAACGAUGUGAUAUAGAAUUUAAUAAAACUAUUUAUUAUAAUAUAUAA